AUGAUAGUGACACCUCUGGUAAUGGUCAAAGUGCACCUCGACUCCCCCAAUUUAUGUGUUCGCAUUGCAGCUGAUUUCACAGUUAUUUAUCAGGCUGCAGUCCAGCAGUUGCUGGAAACUGCCUCUGUCUGGUUCAGAGAGAAUAAGUUGACUCUAAAUGAGGCGAAGACACAAACCAUCACAUUUAGUUUGUCAAAGAAUAAUGCUUUUGAUCAGCCUGCCAAACUGCUGGGCUUUGUACUUGAUCCGCAGCUGAAUUGGACUAAUCACAUUGAGCUCAUUUGUAUAACAUUUUUUAACACUUUGCCUCUGCAAGUCAGAAGAAAACCUGCUAAGGCGUUUGCAAAAAUUGUAAAGGAUUGGAAGGUCGAUCCUAUCUUUGGACGUGAUUGGAUAAGGGAAGUUAAACUAGAUUGGGCUGACCUUAGGAGUAUUACAAGUUCUCACACGCAUGCAGAUAUCGAUAGACUGAUUGAGAAUUACAAGGAUGUAUUUGAUCAAAAUAUCGGUGUUAUUCCCGAGGUAGAAGGUCAUAUACAACUACUUGAAGAUGCCAAACCAGUUUACAUGAAACCUCGUUUAGUGCCAUAUGCUUUAAGACCUAAAGUUGAAGAAGAACUGGACAGAUUGGAAAAAAUAGAAAUCAUCUCGAAGGUCGAACAAAGUGAUUGGGGAACUCCAAUCGUUCCAGUCGUGAAACCCAGUGGCAAGGUCAGAAUCUGUGCAGAUUUCAAAGUGACUUUAAAUAAACAAAUUAAGGACAUCAAAUACCCUAUUCCACGUAUUGAGGAUAUUUUUGCAAAAAUGAGUGGAGGUUCGACUGAGUCUGAGGCUCUAACAAGGCUAGAAAGUGUUUUGAAAGUCAUCAGGAGACACAACCUCAAACUAAAUAAAGACAAAUGCAAGUUUUUUCAAACACAAAUUGAUUACCUUGGACAUACUAUAGAUCAAAAUGGUCUACACAAGAAUAAGGACAAAGUGGAAGCAAUCUUAAAAUCACCAAAACCGUCAAAUGUGUCAGAGCUACGAACAUUCCUGGGCUUGACUAAUUACUACCAGAAAUUUAUCCCCAACUUGAACACAAUCUUGAAUCCACUACUCAAUCUAUUAAAGGCGCACACUAAGUUCGUUUGGACCAGAGAAUGUGAUAAAUGCGUUGAAAAAGUUAAGGCUGAGAUAGCUAGUGACCGGGUUCUUGCUCAUUUUGAUCCAAAUGAAACCUUAGUGCUAGCCACGGACGCUUCUCCAGUCGGAUUAGGAAUUGUUCUUUCUCACCGAUACAAAGAUAGUACUGAACGGCCAAUUUCAUUCGCUUCUCGAUCUCUCACUGCAAGUGAAAAAAAGUACAGUCAGAUAGACAAAGAGGCACUGGCGAUUUACUGGGGAUUGAAGAAGUUCUAUCAAUAUUGUUAUGGCAGAAAGUUUAUCCUUGUAACAGAUCAUAAGCCACUUGUUUCAAUUUUUGACCCAUACAGAACCUUACCUACCAUGACUGCCACGCGUAUUUUCAAUUACGCUCACUUCCUCUCUGGCUUCGAUUAUACUAUUGAAUAUAGGAACACCAAAUCACAUGGCAAUGCCGACUACAUGUCUCGCUUUCCUAAUGAGCAUCCACCGACAAAUCAAAUUGAUCAACAUGAAGCAUUUUUCAUUAACCAAAUUGAAUCAAUGCCUGUAACACACGAAAAUAUUGCAAAUGAAACAUCAAAGGACAAUGACCUAAAACCUCUUUUGAAAGCACUUCAAGAUGGUACUGAUUUAGAACAUAUUGGCUUGAAGAAUAAUGAGUAUUCACUUCAUGAUGGCUGCAUUUUUCGUGGUUCCAGAGUAGUAAUUCCUGAAAAACUGCAAGGAAAAGUACUCAAUGAACUUCAUUUAGGACACUUAGGAGUUGUGAAAAUGAAAAAUCUUGCAAGAAGUUUUUGUUACUGGAAACACAUUGACCGUAACAUAGAAGAUCUAGCAAAGUCUUGUCGUCCAUGCUGUUUGAAGCAGAAUCUUCCUGAAAAAGUAGAUGUCCAUCCUUGGCUGGUUCCAUCAGGACCUUGGCAACGAAUACACAUCGACUUUGCAGGUCCAAUUUAUGGGCAAUACCUUUUUGUUAUCGUUGACGCCUAUUCAAAGUGGGUUGAAGUCAUACCAACCAAAACUACAACAUCUAAUUGGUGCAUUCAACAGCUCAGGAAACUUUUCUCUACCUUUGGUUACCCGUUCACGUUAGUCUCUGACAAUGGUCCUAACUUCACAUCAUCUAUCUUCAACCAAUUCCUACAAGCUUGUGGCGUCACACACAAAUUCUCUGCCCCCUAUCACCCUGCAACCAACGGACAAGCAGAGAGAUUUGUUCAGACUGUAAAGAAACAGUUAAUAGCAAUGGAGAAUGAUGGAGGAGAUUUGCACUUCAAAAUAAAUCACAUCCUAAUGUCACUAAGGAAUGCCACAAAUGCUACAGGGUCCUCAGCAUAUGAACUUAUGUUUGGGAGACGAAUAAGGACAAGGCUGGAUCUUAUGAAGAAACCCCAAGAUCACACAGAAAUGCCCCACGGGUGUACCAAAAUGAAAAGAGAGUUUCGGGUGGGGGACAGGGUUCAGGUGCGCAAUUUCGGAAAAGACGGAAAGUGGAAAUUUGGAAACGUAAGAAGGAGAGAAGGAUUGGUGCAUUAUCAAAUCGAGAUGGACAAUGGGCAGAUUUGGAGAAGGCACAUUAACCACAUUCGGCCGUGUAAAUUUGAGGGGGAGGAUUAA